UACGGAAGUGCGAUACCAAAAUAAAAGAGUAUGACAGUUACUCAUCGUUUAUUUGGUAAUUUUAUAUCCAAAUAUAUUGUUUUAGGCAUUGUGUAUCAUGUUAUGCUCUAGUCUUUUAUCUACUGGUUUUUUCCAAGUCAACCAAAGCAUCCUGAAAUCUGAAUACACCUUGAACCACUAGUAUCAUAUUCAAUAAAUAUCACAAUGGGCAGCCACCACCUGCAUGGGUCUAUGAAUUAUAUUUGGUUCACGAAUGAACCUCUUGGAAGUGGAGCCACAGGAGCAGUUUAUAAAGGCAGAAAUAAGAAUACUGGUGAAGAAUGUGCAGUAAAGACAUUCAAUAUGCAGAGCAGGUACCGACCUGCGGCUGUGCAGAUGAGAGAGUUUGACGUCCUUAAGAAACUGGACCAUCCAAAUGUUGUACGGUUACUGGCUGUUGAGGAUGAGAAAAACACUGGUAUUAAGGUGCUAGUGAUGGAGCUAUGUACAGGAGGGAGUCUCUAUUCUGUGCUGGCUGAACCACAGAAUUCAUUUGGUCUCCCCGAGGAGGAGUUCCUCACAGUCCUAUGUGAUAUAGCAGCUGGUUUGGAGCACCUUAGAAGCAAGGGUGUAGUACACAGGGACAUUAAACCUGGCAAUGUGUUAUGCUUCAUAGCAGAGGAUGGGGGGCAUGUCUACAAGCUUACAGACUUUGGGGCAGCGCGGGAAUUGGCAGAUGACCAGGCCUUUAUGUCCCUAUGUGGCACAGAAGAAUAUUUGCACCCAGAUAUGUAUGGACGUGCAUUGCUGCAGAUUCCUCAUGGGAAGGAUGAAGGGUUCAGUGCUAAGGUUGACCUCUGGAGUUUAGGGGUUACCCUUUACCAUGUAGCAACAGGGGAACUGCCAUUUAGACCGUAUGGGGGCAGGGAGAACAAACAGAUGAUGCAUAGGAUAACCACAGAGAAGGAGAGUGGUGUGAUAUCAGGUGUACAAGAGACUCCUAAUGGCCCUAUAAAAUGGAGCAAGGCACUCCCUGAAUCCUGUGCCAUGUCUAUAGGUUUGAAGAUCCUUUUGACUACAUUGCUGUCUUCACUAAUGGAGUGUAACCCAGACAAACUGCUAACUUUUGAAGAUUUCUUCAACGGCACUGCAGCACUUAGCAAGAAAGUCAGGGUCCAUAUGUUUAAUACAUUCCAGGGCACCAGUCAUAUCAUAUACCUGGACCAGACAGACACCCUACAUGAUUUACAACAACAGCUGAAGGAACAGUCAGACAUUUCACCUGAGAGACAGCUGUUAUUAUGGGAUGGAGAAUAUCUGACCAAUCACAUUACAGCAAGCACAUUAGCCACUGAUUACCCGAAAACCUCUCGUGAUAUGCCUGUGUUCUUGUUUAACAUUGGGGAUCAAAAGUAUCGUGGUCUUGGUAGUAUUAUGUAUGAGAACCCAUCAUUCCCCAGUGAAUUGAACCCAGCAAGGGAUGCCUCCAUAUGCAGGGAAUGUCAUAGUGUCCUACAUGCAAUCAGCAGGGAGGUGAAUUAUGCAGUGUUCCUUCAGACAAAAAUGCACCAUGCUGUACACACAUUACGUACAUUGACUACACAUGAGCAUGAGGCCCUAGAAAGACGUCUAAGCCAGUGCAAUGAGAUGCAGGUAGAUGCUACUAAGAAGUUGGCUCAUUUAAUAGAGAGUCACCAUAUAACCAGCCAGUUAUGUUUCCUCUUAGAAGAUCAGUAUAGUCAGGUGGCAGACAGCAUACAAGAACUUAACACUAUAAUGGGGAAACACCAGCCAGAGAUUACCCAAGUGAGUGGAGAUAUGAAAGACAUAUGUGACAAGAUGUCUGGAAUAUUUCACAGCACUGGCAGUGUCUUAUUUGCAGCUUGGGAGAGAACUUUUGGCUGCAUGAAUGAUAAAUGUGGUGAGAAGAUGGGAGUUCUCUUAGACCAUGCUGCAGUCAUAGAUAAAAGAUUCCAGUCGCAGAAGCCUGUCAGAUCACUCAGCUACAGUGAUGAACAGAUACAUAGGUUUGACAGAGAGAAGCUGCAGCAGAUUUGUAAGAAGGCUAAGAACCAGUUGACCAGUUGCUGUGGUAACAAACAAGCACUAUACGACAAGUUUGCGUCAUGGAUGGGAGAACUGAGUAAGAGGAGGCAGUCCCAUACAACUAUUAACACAAUGGUCAAUGAGUUCACAGAGAAAUAUGGGCACUUCUCUCAUUUGCUAGAUAUGUGUCAACAAGAAUAUAGGCAAAGCACAGAGGCGUUGCUAAGGUUACUGAGAGAACAGAAGCAAGUAAACAGCAUCCAGAGUAAAAGUAAGAGGGCAACUAUGCUGAAGGAUAUAAAUGGAGGGUUGAUGGGUCUAACAAAGGAAACCACAGAGACAAAGCAGCUGACUCAAGAGACAACAGAGUUGAUAAGGAAGCUAGGGGGUCUUCAUACAGGCCCCAUAGACACAGUGCAAGAUCCAAUGGAUGCAUCAUUUGUGCAUAUUGAUAAAAGUGACAUUGUAUAGGGCUUAGCAAGUGUAUAUUGGAUGCAAUACACCUACAUGUAUGAACACUCACAAAUGUGUGUAUAAUUACUUUCAAGGACCAUGUUUUGACUUUGGGGUGUAUGGAUCAUAUUUACUUUAUUAUGUAGUAAAAUAUCCUCUCUCCAAUCUUGUGCAGAAGGUGUAUAUGUUUUAGCUGAUUCACCAAGUGUAUGCAAGAGGUGCGUGACAUGCUGUGAGUUAUUGAUACGAUUCAAAAUUAGAGCAGUGCACCAAAGUUGCUAGCUAUAAAGUAUAAAUUAUGCAGCACACCAUAAUAAGAAUCCUACAUUGAAUGUGAAAUAUGUGAACAUUCUGUGUAUUUAUUAUGUCAUAAAUACACAUUGGAUUACCGUAGACAGGAUGUUACUCAAAUGAACAUAAUGAGUGUAGGAGAUGGAUAACUGAGCGAAACUGGAUGGGCGUGUGCUACACUAAAGACUGCUUUUUAUAUCAAUACCAUAUUAAAAUGUUCUACACAUGUAAUGGAAUGGCUGUUUCAUCAAGUUCAUAUUUUCCAAUAGAGCUUGUGUGUGCUUUAAAUCAUUCAAAAAUGAAAUUUCCAGAGAAUAAAAGUAGGAAAUAAUUUUAUGUGGAGGUGCUACUAUAUAUUUUGCCAUGUUGGGAUGAACAUUUUUUUGUAGUUUUAUGUCAAAUCUCAAUUUAUUUUACAAUGCUGUGUUAAAUUUUUUGUGAUAUUUGUCAUUGGUUUACUUGUCAAUUUAAAAAUUGCAAAUGUUUGCCAAAUAAGUGUUACAUAUAGAUUACAUAUUUUUUAAUCUUUGUUGUUGGUGAUAUUUGGCCCUUGUCUGGAAAAAAAUCAGAACCUUUGCAAUGUUAUCACCAAGACAUAUUGUUUGUGUCACCAUUUUUGAAUCCUGGCUUCAGUAUCGGCAUUCAGUAUUUGAUGUCUGUAACGAAUGGUUACACUUU